AUGGAGAAGAAGAAAGCGAUUAUGAUUUGGAUUAAUAGUAAGGCUGAAAAGGCUGAAACUGGCCAAAACAAUUCCUUAAUUUCUACGAAAAAGGAUGGCACGGUUUCAUGCAGUGGAGAACAAACAAAUGUACUAAAAGAACAAUCUUCAAAUCUUGGCAAUAUAUUAGAUAAGGAAAAACCGAUAGGUUGUUUGAAACGAAAGAAGAAUGUAAUAGAUCAAUUGUCAAACACAGAAGAGACAGUACGUAUGGAACGCAUAAAGCGAGUAAUGGAUCAAGAACAACAACUGGCACAUGUAAAACAAAAGCAUGAAGAGAAUAUAAGUAGCAUGAAAGAAAGCCAUUUAAAAGAAAUUUACAGUUUAGAGUUGCAACAUUUGAAGGUAAUUCAAAGUUUAGAAAUAGAUAUCAAAAGAGCACAGCUUAAAGAAAUCGAAUCUAAAAAAUAAUGACAAAGAUAAUAAUGAGAGGUUGUUUUAGUUAUGUAAGUUUUUUACUUAAUGUAUAAAGUGUGUUUAACACGUUUAGUUAAUAUAUAAAGUUUAAUAAGUAUAGGGUAUGAACCAGUGCAUUAAUAGUAUGUACCUAAGUUUAAUGUAUAAACACACAGUGCAAAUUUGUUAUGUUUUUUUAUUCAUACUCGAGUUUAGUAUACAAGAUAUAAUUAUGUUAUGUUUGAAAAGUAUGAAAAAUAGCGUUUGCGAUUAACAGUUUAUGUUUACACACAAUAAAAGUCUGUUUUAUUUCUAAAAUCUGAUUUAUUUCUAUUUUCUAUAUUUUCGCAUCAUUUUCUCCUUUUCCUUUUUCUUCACUGUUUUGGCCAGUUUCAGCCUUUUCAGCCUUACUAUUAAUCCAAAUCAUAAUCGCUUUCUUCUUCUCCAUUUCAUUCUGCCUUCUCCUGCGCUUUAUUUGUUUCUGUUUCUCUAUUCUUUAAAGUCACUUGUAAUUGCGGAUCUGACUUUAAAUGUUCGGUCAUUUUCAGA